ACCGCGCUUCGACAGGAGUUUCUCCGACAGCUGAGCAGCAGCUAAAUGCGUCUUUUCACCUGUAACAUCGGCGCUUUUCAACUCCUCUGAGACCGCGAUUCGCAAAAAUGGGAGACAAGAAGAGUCCCACAAGGCCAAAGCGGCAAUCCAAGCCCUCCUCCGAUGAUGGGUACUGGGACUGCAGCGUGUGCACAUUCAAGAACAGCGCUGAGGCGUUCAAGUGCAUGAUGUGUGAUGUCAGAAAAGGCACGUCUACUCGAAAACCUCGGCCUGUUUCUCAGCUGGUUGCACAGCAAGUAAAUCAGCAGUUUUCCCCACCACAACAUCCCAAAAAGGAGAAGAAAGAAAAAUCUGAAAAAGACAAAAGUGAUAAAGAGCCUACACUGAAAAAGAAGAGCCAUAAAAAGAUGAGGCCCAGGUUAAAAAACAUAGACAGGAGCAGCGCCCAGCAUCUGGAGGUCACAGUUGGAGACUUGACUGUAAUAAUCACAGACUUUAAGGAGAAAGCAAAACCCACGUCCACCUCAGUGACUGCUGCCUCAGCAGACCAACACAAUCAAAGCGGCUCGAGCUCCGAUAACACUGAACGAGGCGUCUCCAGGUGCUCUUCGCCCCGCGGUGAAAGCUCAUCGGUCAACGGGGAGGCUCACUAACAUUCGCAACCCAUUCUCCUGCACCCUCAACAGCCUCAACCAGAGAUUAAACUUCAAAAAUGCACAUUAUUUUAAUAAUACUAUAAAUGCCACUAUGAUAGCAUUCACAUCAAUUUAGGGCUUUUUUUUUUUUUUUUUUUUUUUUAAGUCACUGCCUUCCAAUGAUGAGAAAUUCAGGAGUCAAGAUGUAAGCUUGUCUGCUUGGUUCAAAGAACUGUUGCAGCAAAAUCUGGCGUGAUGAACUGAAAAAAGGAAAUGUAGCAUUAAAUCCUGGACGUCAGUGGAACUGCGCCACGUGUUGUGGUAACGUGUGUUUAACACCCCAGUGUUACAUCAGCAUCGCCUUCAGUUUGUCUUUACUGAUUAAAUGACGCAUUAUGAAAGAGACGUGUUGUCAUCUCAAAAUUGUAGCUCAUUCUCAAAACUUUUUUUUUUUUGCACUUAAUGUCAUUUUUUUCUUGUUCAUGAGAAUGUUUUAGCAUUAUCAUUUCACCAUUAUCAUAACACUGUUGGUUUUUCUGGCCUUAUCCAGCUCUUUUUUUUUUUUUUUUUUAAAUGCCAUU